AUGUGGCGUCAGAGAUAUAUCGAAUUCCGUCUUGGACAAGUUUCCGAGGAAAUGGGCGAAGACGCACCUUACUUAGAACUUUCAUCUGGCGAGCGAGAGCGUUCGAGAUGUCUACGAGUCACUGAGAUCAUGUUCGAGAUGUGGACGAUUCUCGACAUCGCGGUAGCCGAAUAUGUCCGUCUGGACGGACCCGGUAAUGUGCUAGCUCACGCAUUUUUAUCAUCGUCCAAAGUGUCGGAGGUGCACGUAGAUAACUCGGAGAAGUGGCACAUCGAGCUGACCGCUAAUCCUAACGAUACGGUUCAUCUACUGUAUAUGUUGACGCACGAGAUCGGUCAUGCUUUAGGAUUAUAUCACAGUCCUCAGAAGAAUUUUGAUAAUAGCGAUCAGCUGUGCGACGAGGAUGAACGUCGACGCUACGGCGAGUAUGGAUGUCGCUCGAUGGAAAAAGACGGCACAUGA